AGGAUCAUUGUUUUGCAUUGCACACAAAAACGAUAGUUUUAUUGUUUGGUUUUGAUAAAACCUCACCCCAACAAAGCUCACAGUUCCACAAAUCUCCCAGAGUCCAGACCCAUCUCAGAUCCCCCAGCGAGCCCACCUCUUCCCGCGUGAAACGCCGCCACUAGCCCACACCACCGGCAAUAACCAGUCAAAACACACUCUCCAAAUUAGUCAAACCUCAUUCCCAACUAGUCAAACCUCCCUCCCCGAAACUCAGCCAUGGAUCAGCCCAAGCAACCGACGCUCGAUAUUUCCGGCCAGAUGGAGUCCGUCAAGCUCUCGGAUCCCAAACCCGAGACCGUAGACGUGACGGUGGAUAUCACAAAUGAUAAUACGAGUAAAUCAACGACUCCGACGGGGAGCAAAUCGAGAAAAUCGGUGAGUUGGAGCGAAGAUUUAGUGGAAUCGAGAUCAGUGCAUUCGUAUUCUUCGGCUGCAAAUGAUAACAACAGCGGUGGAUCUAAUAAUCCUUAUGUUGCUUAUUCUCCUGCUCAAUCCGAUCAGUCUUCCUUUAACUUCAAAGAAUCCGUUGAAAGUGUUCGUGGUGUGCUCGGGAGAUGGGGUAAAAAAGUAGGAGAAGCAACAAAAAAAGCUGAGGUUCUUGCUGGCAAUACUUGGCAGCACUUGAAAACGGCCCCCAGUUUUACUGAUGCUGCACUGGGAAGAAUUGCACAGGGAACAAAAGUUCUAGCAGAAGGUGGUUACGAGAAAAUUUUUCGACAAACGUUUGACACUGUUCCUGAAGAGCAACUCCAAAACUCUUUUGCUUGUUAUCUGUCCACAUCAGCUGGUCCAGUUAUGGGAGUUUUAUACGUGUCCACUGCAAAACUUGCAUUUUGUAGUGAUAAUCCUCUUUCUUAUAAAGCUGAAGACAAGAUGGAAUGGAGCUAUUAUAAGGUAGUUAUACCGCUGCACCAGCUAAAAGCGAUUAAUUCUUCCACGGGCAGAAUCAAUUCCGCUGAAAAGUAUAUUCAAGUUAUAUCAGUCGAUAAUCAUGAAUUUUGGUACAUGGGAUUUCUUAACUAUGAAAGUGCAGUUGAGUGCCUUGAUGAAGCUCUGCAAGCGGCCAACAAUUUAAAUUCUGCAUGAAAUGCAAUAUUCUGAGAUACCUCGAGAUAUCGUCAUCAUACAAUGCUGCUUUCAGUGAAGCACUCUGUGUAUUGAGGGAGAGAGAAAGGAUUGCACUUCUUUAUAUUCCCUUGUGUCUUACUAUUCCUAGAAUACUAGGUGGUUCUAGAAUACAUCUGUAGAAUCAUUUUGUUUUAUAGGCCACAAGUUUAUUCAGAUUGAACAAAACUAUUUUAAAGCUCCCAGUUUAUAUUAACGUGUUCAACAUUCAUCCA